AUGAAUGGGGCACAAGGCUUCAUUCAGACCGGCGGACCAGGGUCUCCUCGUGAAGGCGGCCGCGGGACUGCACUCCCUCCUCCUCCUGUUGGUCAAGGGCCAUACAGCAGGCCUCAUAGCAGGGUUGACCCUGAUUCUCUUCACAUGCCCAUCCCCAGGAAGAGCUAUAGUCCCUCUCAAUGGUCCAGGGGCCAUGAAGACGACAUGCCAUUAGCAGUUCGUCGUGAGCGCAGCCAGAGAUACUAUCCUCGCACAGCCUCACCUCAGCGGUCUGGGCUGCGGCCCCAGUAUCAUGAUGCUCGGGGUAGCCGUCAUACAUUCACAGUUCUAGAUGACAAUUCUACCAUCCGUGUUGUCCAGAUAGAUAUGUGCAGACAUGACGAAGAUGGCACCCCUGUCCAACGCCCCUGGGAGCAUGCCAAGAUCUUUGAGGUCCACGUUACAAACGACGCUGCUAUGCGCAAAGUUGAGCAGCUGGAGCAGCACACGCUCCCAGUUCUGGACAAACUCAAGGAGGAACUAUCGUCGCUCAUGCAGGAGAAGCUGGAGUACGCCCGUAGAUACCUGGAGGACAAGGAAGAAGAUCCUUACUCCUUCUCUCAUGAGCUCAUCCAGUUUGAAACCAAGUUUCAGAAGGUGGAUCGUUCACUACGAGACUCCCGUGAAGAACUCCACGAAGACUGGAGUAGAAGCGACAAGAAGCGCAACAGGAGCAAGGACCGGAAGAGGCAGAAGUCAAAGACCACCUCGAAGGGUCACAAAAAGUCCAAGAGCGAUAAAGAUAGAGGACGAAGCAGCAGCUCAAAGUCUAAGCACAUGAUUGCGCUCGUCUCUAUCACCGCUUAUUUUAAACGGACUCUGCUCCCUGAGGAGUACCCCCCGCAGUCCUUCAGAGAAAGUGAGGCGUCGCGGGAAGAUGAUGAGAUGCGGCGGUAUCGGCGGCCUGCUGAGUAUCAUCAACGUGAUCGGCGCUCUCCGGAGAGCGGUCGAGAUCCGCGACAUUUCUCAGACUAUGACAAUAUGCACUCUCCGUCGCAGUACUCUUCGCGUGGUGGUGUCAGUCAAGAACGCUAUCCCACCAGAGAUCAUCAUGACUAUGAUGCCAGAUAUCAGAACCAGGCUGGCAUGGGUCAUCAUGAAAGACCUGUUGUGAAUCGUCAGCAGCAGCAACAAUAUGAUAUGCAUCAACAACACCCUCAGAACCAAGCUCACCAGCAGCCUAAUAUGGGCCAACAGCAAGGGGCUGGCAUGGGUCAACAGAGGCCGCAGCAACAGAGCCAAAAUUAUACUGGUCCUCAAAACUUCAGUCACCAAGACCAUCAAGGUCUUGCCCCUGCCAACCAACAGAGACAGGCUCCCUUGGCCCCUCAGGGUCACGCUGGCGUGAUGCCACAACAGCAGCCGCAGCCGCAGGCUAGCAUGGGACAACAGAGGCCGCAGCAACAAGGCCAAAAUCAAGGUUUCAAUCACCAAGACCAUCAAGGCCUUGCCGCUAUCAACCAACAGAGACAGGCUCCCGUGGCCCCUCAGGGUCACGCUGGCAUGAAUCCCCAGCAGCAGCCUGUUAUCAAUCAGCAAAGACAGCAGCCUCAGCCUCAGCCUCAGCCUCAGCCUCAAAUGCCACAGCAGAGGCAGCCAGCUCAGUCUGGCAUGGCACCGCAACAGCAGCCGCAACAGCCGGCAGCGCAGCACAAACCACAGGGCCAGCCUAGCAUCGCUCAAACCCAGCAGCAGCAGCCUGGGUUAAAUCUGCAAAAUCAACAGGCUCACCCUGGAAUGGCGCAACAGCCGCAACAUAGUCAGGCUGCCAAAGCCCAACAAGCUCAGCCUGCCGUGCUGCAUCAACCUGUACAGCUGCCUCAAGGGCCGGGAGGCCAUCCUGGUGUUCCCCAAAACCAGCAGCAAAAGGCCCAACCUAUCCCAGCACAAGUCGCGGCGCAAAUUAAAGAUCAACAAGCACAGAGGGGGAUGGGUAGAGAUAAGGGGCCUCUUCCGCCGCCCCCUCAUGUUCCACCUCUUCAUAUACCAAACCCAGUCUCCUCAAACAAGGACGGCAAGCACCAAGGGGAUAGAAAGGGGAAAGUCUCCUCAGACAAGCGUCAUGUCCAUCCCGGUUCGCCUCGCAUCUCUGAGGAAUCUGUUUCCGAUUACGGUGGUGGUUGGUCAGAUAGUGCGAGCGACGUCUCUACUCCAGCAACGUCCACUUCGGGCGGAUCGCAUCAUAAAGUGAAGAAGAGCUCGAGACGCUAUUCAGAAGAGCACUUUAGCAUCCCCACCCGUAAUCAUGGAAAGCCCGGCAAGUUCGCUCGUGAGGCUUCACCUCCUCCUCGCAGGGCCUAUACCGAAGACCAGAGAUACGUCCGUAG